AAUAGGAAGUCGUAAAAUGACCGUGUCAUAAGUGAUGAACAGAUGUAUUCUUCUGACUUCUUUAUUUUUAUUUUUUUUUCAUUUAGCAUUCAAUGUUGUCGCAUUGACGUUCUGCAGUAGUUUUAUUAUUUUUAAGUAGAUAGUUUAUUAAUUCAAACUUCUUCAAUGGAGAAAACAAUGGAUAAAAAAAAUAUAAACACUAUAAAAUCGGAAUGGAAACACUUUUUAUUGAUGGAACCUCCGAUUUUUCUGCUGUUAUUGGCAAAUGGAAUGACUUCUAAUGUAAUCACCGAUUUGAUGCUUUUUCAAACGUGUCAACAAGUAAUGGGUGAAAACAAAAGUAACUGUGAUAUUUUGCAUACAAACAGCAGCAGUGAAGACGCCAAAAAUCUGACUAAAAUUGUCCAACCACAUAUGAGUUAUCUUUUAAUCAGUAGAUCGCUAAUAAAAGGUAUUCUACCGGCACUAUUGAUAUUAUUUUUGGGACCUUGGAGCGACAAGUAUGGAAGAAAACCGCUAAUCAUAGCUGGCUAUUUUGUUCCAGUUUGUAGAUUCAUUAUUUUAUCAGUAUUGAGUAGCUUUGAUGUAAGCCCAUGGCUGCUGUUAUUAGCCUACGUACCAACAGCUCUCCUGGGCUCUGGACUGCUACUAGCAACAAUUUGCUACAUAUCUGAUACUACUGAACCAGAUAAACGUGCUUGGCAUUUAGCGUGCCUGCAAACGUGUGUCAAAAUUGGACUAGUAAUUGGUACCUUUACUGGUCCGUUGAUAUUUCAAAAACUUAAUUAUACAAAAUUAUUUAUGAUUGCUACUUUACUUUGUUUAUUAUCGCUGCUUUAUGUAAUAUUCAUGCUACCUGAAACCGUGAAAAACAAAUCAGAGGAAAAAUGGGGAAAUCCAUUUGAUCUGUCUUUAAUCAAACAAUUAAUUUUGACGUAUACAAAAAAACGUGAUGGCUUGAAUCGCGGACUGUUUUUUAGCUGUUUAUUAGUGGUAUCUUUAUUUAGAAUUCAGGCCCAUGGAAAUACGGAUAUUAGUUAUUUAUUCGUGAACGCUAAAAUUGGCUGGAAUGUUGUGCAAUACUCAAUGUUUAGUAGUAUAUCUAUGAUCACUUCUAUCAUUGGAACAUUUGUUGGUUUAAAAAUAAUGAGAGAUUAUCUAGGUAUGUCAGACAUCACAGAGGCGCUAAUAGGAUGUAUUUCCGGUUUAUCAGCAGUGUUAUGUCUUGCCUUUGUGUCAAAACCUUGGCACAUGUAUCUAGAAAUAGGCCUGGGAAUGUUCUCUGGUGUUUUAUUACCUACAGUUCGAUCUCUUUUAUCAAAAUCUGUUCCUGUUGAUGAUACAGGCAAUGUUUUCACUGAAAUGAUACUUUAUCAAACAUGUAGACAUACUCUCGUGAUAAAUAAAACAAAAUGUGAUAUUUUUCACACAAACACUAGUAGUAAUGAUGCUCAAUUACUCCAAGAAAUUGUCCAGCCACAGACCAGUUAUAUAAUUAUGACAAAAUCAUUAUUUGAAAAUAUUUUUCCAACUUUAUUAACAUUAUUUGUCGGUCCUUGGAGUGACAAACACGGAAGAAAACCUUUUCUAGUACUCGGAUGCUUUGUUCCCACCUGUAAAUAUACAAUUUUAUCAAUACUAAGUUGUUUUGAUGUAAAUCCAUGGAUGUUUUUGCUUUCUUCAAUACCGUCAGCUUUUUUAGACUGUGGACUUGUAUUAGCAACUAAUUGCUACGUAUCUGACAUUACGGAGCCAGAUAAACGUGCAACGCGUUUAACUUAUUUGCAAUUAUCAGCAAAAAUUGGACUAGUUAUUGGACUUCUUAUUGGACCAAUGAUAUUUGAAAAAAUCGGAUAUAUGUUUUUAUUUAUAAUUGCCACAAUAUUAACUUCAUUAGCAUUAUUUUAUACAAUAGUUUUGGUACCUGAGUCAGUAAAAAAUAAAUCUGAUAAAAAAUGGGGUGAUUCGUUCAGUUUAUCUAUCGUUAGAAAAUCAAUUUUCAUUUUAAUUAAGAAAACUGAUGGCAUCGAUCGUAGUUUACUCUGGAGUUGUUUAAUAACUUUAUCGUUUUAUAAAAUAACAACGGACGGGAAUAAUCAAGUUCUGUUUUUAUUCGUGAAUGCAAAAUUCGGUUGGAAUAUCACUCAAUAUUCGAUUUUCAGAAGUUUCACUUUAAUUUUAUUAAUUGUUGGAACAUUUAGUGCUAUUAAAUUAACGAAAAGUUAUAUGGGUCUCACCGACAUUACUGCAAUACUAAUCGGAUGUGUAUCAGGCAUGUUAAGUGCUCUAUCACUUUCCUUCGCUACGAAGACCUGGCAUAUGUAUGGGCAAAUUUGUUUAGGAGUUUUUCGUGGUAUUGUACUCCCUUCAACCCGGUCUCUGAUGUCUCAAUCGACCCCGGCAAAAGAUUUAGGCAAAGUGUUUUCAUUGGCAACACUCGCUGAGAGAAUACUACUGUUGUUGAGUUCUCCGUUGUACAGCUUGACAUAUUCUUGUUUUAUUUUUACUUAUCCGUCACCAGUUUAUUUAUUGUCUUCUGGAAUAUUUUUUCUAAUGAUAAUUAUUAAUAGUUCUAUAAAAUUGACAAAAAGUGAAAAAAUAACCAAGCAACAUCAGACUCAACCAAACUCGUCAUAAUUUUUUUAAUUUAGUGCAU